AAAGCGGAAUCCUAAAUUGCGAUAGACGCUGCUAUUCGUUGUUGUAAUGUGCUCUUGUUAGUAUGGAAGUGAAUGGUAGUUUAUUGUGUUUAUGGUUUAGUUUUAUAGGUUUAGUCUCUGCAACAUUAGAAAUUAAUACUACCGAUACAAAUUCCACUAUCAGAAAACCACGACAAAGCAGCUUUAAAUGCACUCUUCCACCACAGCUGGAAAAUGGACGAUGGUUAAUAACUGAAGCCGAUGUUAAUCCAGGCGAUGAAGUAGAAGUUAACACAAUAUUAAGAUUGGAAUGUAACGAAGGUUAUCAGCUGUAUCCUUACAAUUCACUCAUUGCUUGUGAUAGCAAUUGGGAUGAUGCAGAUUUUCCAGUGUGUAAAAAAAAAUGUCCAUCGUUUUAUUCAACUGCGACAACAAAGUUGAUAUGCAAAGAUAAAGAUGAAAAUACUAUCCCUUGCGACAAAGCGACUGACGGAACAUACCUAACUUAUAGUUGCGUCGCUUUCUAUGAAGUCCCGCCAGGUGGAAAAAACGUUCUUUACUGUAACGAUGGCAUUUGGGAUUUUCCGAAACCUUUGUGUAAACCAAUUUGUGGAAAGAAAGUUACUACGGAUACAACACCCCUAACUUGGGGUGGUACUGAUGUUAAAGGAUAUGAAUAUCCAUGGGUUAUAGCUAUGUUUAAGAAAUUAGCAGGAAAAUACGAGAAUGUCUGUGGCGGAACGUUGGUCAGUCGUAGAGUUGUUAUAACCGCUGCUCAUUGUGUUACUGAUAAUUACGGUAACGCUCUUGGUAGAGAAAACUUUCAAGUCGCAGCUGGAAAACUUUACAACGCUUUUGGAGACCCACGCGAUAAUGAACAUGCUCAAUAUCGAAAGAUAUCAGAGGUAGUAGUUCAUCCAGGAUAUAGAGGAGUCAGUCAGCGAUAUGUUGCUGACUUGGCAUUACUUAUUACACAAGAACUAUUCAAACUUGAACCAGUAAUUCAGCCAGCAUGUUUUGAUAAUGUUAAUAACAUAUAUUUGAAAAAUUAUCAAGUGGGAGAGGUAGCUGGUUGGGGACUUACCGAAGAAGAAAAGCCCUCUGAACGUCUCAGAGUAAUUAAGAUACCAUACAAAGAAGGCGCUACAUGCGCUAGGGAGCUACCCGAAAGCUGGGAGGAACAGUAUAACUUUUUAGACAAAAUUUGCGCUGGACGAGUGGAUCAGCAAAUUGCUGUUUGCCAAGGGGAUAGUGGUAGUGGCCUGGUCUUUAAAAAUCGAGAAGACAAUAGAUACUAUAUUCAAGGACUGGUAAGCAUAGCUCCAAAUCUAUAUACUUCCAAAUGUAACUACCAAACAAACGCCCUAUAUACUAGCGUAUCAUUCUACUACACAUUUAUAAAUAGGGAAAUGACUAUUAAUUAUUUAGAAGACUGCUUACUUCCACCACAUCCAAGAAAUGGAAAAUGGUCUAUCGAAGAUGGCGUAGGAAAAAAACCUGGUGAUAUUGUAUUAUCCAACACUAUUUUAACGUUUUCCUGUAAUAGGGGAUAUAUAUUAUCGUCAAUGUCUCCACAUUACGAUUGUGCAAACUCCUACAACCCACCAACUUGUCUUAUAUUAUGCCCGAAAAUGUCAUUACCCAGUGGAUCACAAAUCAUCUGUAAAAAUGCAAAAAAUCAACAUAUACAAUGUGAAGAUGUGGCUGAUGGUGGCAGCGUAACUUUUACAUGUCCAAACGGCUUUGUUUCAGAUCGAGGAACACCCACUAGUACAAAGUAUUGUCGAAAUGGAGCAUUCAGCAAUACUGCACCAUCCUGUAUACUAAAGGCAUUAUUCAAGCCCACGCCAGUAAAAAAUAAAAGACCGUCCAGCGGUGGUAGUACUAAACCAGAGUCUAAUAUACCAACAAAACCAGCAACAAGUAAGCCAACUAAACCUAGCGUGCCAAUUACAAUAACAGAACCAGGAGUUGAAAUAGGUAGCGAUGGACUAAAAGUGAUUUGUACUUACGCCAGUUGGAUGGCCUAUCAAGAAGUCUACCCAGAAAAUUUUGAGCCAAGAUUGUGUACCCAUUUAGUCUACCAAUUUAUAGGCCUCAAGGAAACUGGAGAGCUACGCGUAGGAGACGAGUGGCUGGAUCUUUAUGUUAUGGAACAAGGUUUGUACAGGAUGACGACUGACUUAAAAACGAGGAACAAAGAUUUGAAAGUACUACUCAACGUUGGUGGUAGUGGAGCCACUAACGAAACACUUUUUAGGGAUCUUUCUAAAGACGACGACAAAAUAAAAGCAUUUUUGUCUAGUGCCGCAAAAAUAAUACAAAUGUACAAUUUCGAUGGGUUGGACCUAUUCUGGUUUUCACCGGCAAAAGACGAUAAGGAAAAUUUUAUUCAUCUUUUGGAAACAAUUAAACGUGAUUUUGAUAAAAAUGGAUGGAUAUUAAGUAUUACUGUUCAUCCAGUAAUUGAACAGCAUGGUUACGACGCUAAAGAAAUCAGCAGGAUAGUAGAUUGGGUCACUAUUAAAACUUACGACUUCUAUGGAAGCUGGAGCCUCUACACUGGAAACCAUAACUCUUUAUAUCCUUCCUCCAAAGAGAACGGCUGGGAGAAGCAACGUUACAACUUGAUGCAGUUGCCAAAACCUGGCUUAAGGCAGGUCUCUCUAAGAACAAACUUGUUUUAGGUGUUGCAUUUUCAGGAGUCGGAUUUUCCCUGAAAGAUAAGACGGAAACAGGAGUGCAUGCUCCAAUAAAUAAGGCACCUUCAUUUGGAGAAAUACGAUACUAUCAGAUUUGCAAAAAAUACGCCGAUUUUACAAAAGUGUGGGAUGACGAAACAAAGACACCAUAUUCAUAUAACGACACAUUCUGGAUUGGGUUUAACGAUCCCCAGGCAGUGCGACUUAAAGGAGAAUAUAUUAAGAACGAACAGUUAGCAGGUAUAAAUGUUUUUUCAAUAGACGGCGAUGACAAUAAAGGAGUGUGUGGGGAGAAAUACGUUCUCCUGAAGAAUUUAAAUAGUGGCAUGGGUCAUAGUUUAACAUGGUUGAAAGAUAAUUGACUGAAAUCAUAAAUAAAUUUUUAAAUUUUUGUACUUAAACUUGUAAUCCUCAAAUAUUUUUCCAAUAAAAUAUUAUC